AUGCACAGGCGCGCAAGUGUGGGCCGCUUUAUCAAGGACGUCGGCCCACCAUCGGAUAUUCUCGGCCUUACUCGCUCUAUUGAAGAUGAGGUUUUUAAAAAGUUAUUUGUCUUCGAGUGUGCCUGGGAGGUUGUUAACAAAGGUCAGUAUUCUGUUAAAGCAAAUGGACGAAAACUACAAAAGCUCAUGCUAACGACCUCUUUUCCCUCUAGUGGGUGGAAUUUAUACCGUUAUUCGGACAAAAGCGGCCAGUACCGUUGAAGAACUUGGGGAUCGUUAUGUUCUAAUGGGUCCCCUCAACGACGUGUGUAUGCGAACUGAGGUGGACGUCAUCGAGCCAACCUUCGAGCCUUUAAAAAAGGCUCUCCAAAAGCUCCGGGAACACGACAUUAAAGUAUUAAAUUUUUUCUUAAGCAACAUGUGGAUAUAGAUGGUGUUCGGCCGAUGGCUUAUUGAAGGCUAUCCCUACGUGCUCCUAUUUGAUAUCGGUUCUUCUGCUUGGCGUAUUGACUCGUGGAAAAAAGAACUUUGGGAUAACUGCAAUAUUGGAAUACCAGUUCACGAUACUGAGUGCAAUGAUUCCCUUAUUUUUGGAGCUCUUGUCGCUUGGUUCCUGAAGGAGGUAUGCUUGAUAUCAUUUGCCGCUUCAAUUGAUAAUGCGUUAGAUGAAUACUAUUUUUGUGAGAUUUGUACAGUCAUUGCACUCAAAGCUCGUUGAGGAGAUGUGGGCUCCAAAGACGUCGCAGACAUAUUUUUACUGUUUAAAUAUUUCCUCUGCUAAAUUUACACGAAUGCGAGGGUGUAAAUGUUCAAGUAGGGCCCCAUCCUCUAGGAGUUCUAAACUAUUCCAUAAGUACUAACAGCAGUUUUCUUCCAAAGUCCUACAGAUUACGUUUGGUACCGGUCUUAUAAUAACUAAACGCACUUGACCUCUCAGAUUUUUGUCGUUAUUUGCCUCCCAACUGAUUGGAAAGUCCGACCUGUCCUAAGCAAGCAGCCUUUCAUUUUGGCGCAUUUGAGUGCCCUCUCGUGUCUAUCUACCUUUCACAGAUCUCGGGUCGGGGUUUAAGUUAAAGAGAUUUACUUCUUUAACCGAAUGGACUUCGUAUUUCCAUAGCGCAUAUUUUCAAUUCCCGAUAUAUUGCACUUCAUCAUUUCUUUUUCCGCUUUGCAUCGGGAAGUUUAGGUCACAUUGACCAUUACGCCAUCACUCCUGCCAAACUCAAUUAUCUGCCUGCCUCUCAGUUUAGGGAAGAACUUGACGCAGAGAAUCCAGAUGAACAGAUUCCUAUCGUUGCCCAUUUCCACGAAUGGUUAGCCGGAACCGGUCUAGUCUUCACUCGCACGCGCCAUCUUAAUGUCGCUACAGUGUUUACUACACAUGCGACUCUUCUUGGACGGUAUCUGUGUGCUGGCUCCGUCGACCUCUAUAACAACCUGGAUAAAUUCGACUUGGAUAAAGUUAGUUUUCCCUUAGUACAUUUUAUUUGUGUUAAGAUUGUGCACUUUGGCUGCACUUUUAAAUCCCUUCAAAUAGGACCCUGGAGCUUUUAGUUCACGAUUUGAUUAAGUUUACUCGCACUUUAUGGACCUUGCUUUGAAGUCUUCAAAUCGGUUUGUUUAAACUUGAUAGUUGAUAUUGCAACCGUAUUUCUAUUUCGGCAAAUUGUUUACUUCUAGGAAGCUGGUGAUCGAAAUAUUUACCAUAGGUACUGCCUUGAGCGAGCCGCCGUACACUGUGCCCAUUCAUUUACGACAGUGAGUAAGAUCACUGGUCUUGAGAGCAAGUACCUCUUGCAACGUGAGCCAGACAUCAUUACUCCUAAUGGUCUCAAUGUGAUCAAGUUCGCCGCCCUACACGAAUUUCAAAAUCGCCAUGCUAUUGCGAAGCAAAAGCUGCACCAGUUCAUCCAGGGCCACUUUUAUGGGUAGGUCUGUUUAAGCUGGCCUUCGCUUCCUGAUACUAGAGUUAUUUUGAGUCGACAGGAAUCGAAUAUUUGGAGUCCUUAUUUUUCUACCUUGUUCUAUUCCAGACACUAUGACUUCGAUCUGGAUAAGACUCUGUACUUCUUCAUUGCCGGACGGUACGAGUUUCAGAACAAAGGUGCUGACAUGUUCAUCGAGGCACUUGCUCGUCUGAACCACAGGCUAAAAGUGAGUUCAGACCAGUGGUUCCUAAAUGUUGUUGCUUACUUAUUUAUGGUUUGGACAUUUGAAACGCAAAACCCAUUUCAUUUUCUUGUAAACUUGUGAAAGACGACUUCUGCACUGCGACUGUUAAAAUUACUUUUUUGAAAUGUCCGCUUUGGUGCUGACAUGAUCAACUUAGCGACAAGGCUCCUGGUGUACAUUUCCGGGAAAACACUUCGAUGGUCCAUUAGUGCUCAGUUUCACAGACAGUUAAUUCACUCGUUUACUUUUCCAAAAUUCUGAACUUUUUAAUAUGUUGACAGAUUGUUUUAAUGCAAUUUUUCCCUGAGAUAACCUGUAAGAGAAAACAUUUUGAGGAUGAAUGACUGACUAUUUGCUUCAUUUUUUUUUCGUUUGUGGUAUUGAGUGCCUUUUGGGACAGUCCAAAUUUCCAUGUGUUUUUGUUUGCGCAUUAAUUGCGUUUAUUAAUUGCUUCUAUGAAUUACGUAAGUCUGGUAGUCAUCUGGUGGAUUCUAGGUGAGUUACUUAGGAAAUCCUGCCUGGACAGUCAACUUGCUGUAUCAGAUUUGGUGGAUUCCAGACGUUGCAGUAAGUUGGGCGGGUAACUUGACUCGCGUCGUCCGGCGGGGUCUCGUAGCUCAAGUGGUUAGAGUGUUGACUGUACUUAGCCUUCCCCUUACUGUGUGGGUUCGAAUCCAACCGAGGCGCCGAGUUUUUCACAGUUGAGUCAAUAUGAAUUGCUUUUAUCUCAGUACUAACUGUCCAGACAUGCAUACUGAUGCUGCAAGACAGCGAUCAUUUCUCAACCUUAUGUGAUGACUUAUUUUCUCAUGUGACCUGUUGAUACUGCUCCAGCAUAUUUUGGUUUUACCUUGGUAAUAACUUCCCAAUCAUGGUGACAAUUUACCUCACAAGGUACCGGUGGUCCUGUAAAGGUUCGUUUUCCGGAUCUAGAUAAUGACUAGAACCUUUACGGAUAUGCAAAUCUCGGCUGCGAAAAGUGGAUGCACUGGUAUUCUGAUAUUUGGAACGUUUCUUGGAGAAUUUAGGAAUUUUUAAGAGCUGCACUUGCAUGUGCGUAUUAUUUGCCAUUAGUAAGUUCACAGACACCGCAUUCAAACAAUGCCAGUUCUUCCAGGCAAAUUGCGACUACAGUAGGUAGAACUGGCGUGGCUUUUAGUUUAAACAAGUAGGAUAUUUGUGGGAGUGAGCCUUGUCAAACGGUAGGUUUUCUGGCCACUUGAAUUUCAUGCCUCAUAUACUCUGAUUUUUGAAACGUUACAGUUACAAGUUUUCAUGAUAUUGGGGGGUUUUUAUUGCGACUUGUAAGGAAUUUUGAAAGUGCUGCCUGAGUACAUGCAUAUUGAGGAUGCAUUGCCAUGUCAUUCGUGUUUUAAAAAGAUGCUUGCAUUUUAGUACAGGAUAUUCCUUCCUGACAAUUUCAUACAAAAUGGAUGCGAACAACUAAUGCCUUUCUGUCCUUCAGACAAACAGUGGAAAAGUACUUGGAAGUGCCUGGUACCUAAGUUAGGUUUUUGCAACUUAGAUAAUUUUCGAUAAGACAGUGAGUCAUCGUGGGGGAUUUUCUGAUAGUACGCUCAAUGCUUGUUAGUAAAUCCCCCUUGGGCAAGUAGAAUUUCCUUUAUAGAAUUAGGUCUGAAGAUUUUGAACAGCAUUUCGUGCGCGUUCAGCACAUGCUGCGCGUUACAUACUUUUUGGCCUUUAGCAAGCAGUUUAUUGCCACGUUUGUCCCGGGUUUUCGAUUUAUGUGCACUCUACAGCGUGCAGCAAGUGCAUUCUAACUUUGCCGCCGACUUUCAAAUGAGCAAAUGGGCAGCAACUGAGCGUACUUUUAGCUGCUUACUUCAUUGUUUCUAUUAGCCUGCUCACUUUUUUAAAGCAGCAUUGCGAGACCCAACUCGCGCUUUGUUUACUUUACUUCACUACCGCUUGAUUACAAACGAUUUUCCCUCUGGGUAAUUUCACCAUCAUCGUUGACCUUACAUUGAACAUCAAAUCACUGUCUUGUCUACACCAAUGGCGCAUUCUUGGCUGCAUUAAGUAAUCUCAAGAGUCCUUUCUAUUCGGGUAGAUACCUCGCUUGCUGCGUGGAAAAGCUAAUAGAAGGGCUUCGGCCUUGCUCUUGUUGACAUGUUGGGUACUGAUGUUUUGUAAUGAAUGUCAAUGAUCUGCUAAUAAUUGGUUAUGCUUCGGUCUUUUAUUGCUUUAUUGACUUGGAUCCAGGCAAGAUUUGUAACCGUUAAUAGUUACAUGAUCUAUAAAUGUCGUCCUUUUUUCAUUUAACCGCCUUCAGAAGACUAGCCCGUCUGCGGUUGUCUGAAAGGCCCAUUAAACUGCAUUUCCCAAAUGUCCUGACUUCGUUGAUGGUUUAGCUGACUGCUGCCCACUUUCGGUUGUCCUUGCCCCUGUACUGUGUCCUGCGUAGACUGUCGCUGGCGCAUUUUGCGCAGAACUAGAGCACUGAUUGGUUCAUAACGUUCAGUCACGUACGCGUGCGCCUUUUACUAUCUUUCGUCAUCUGACUUUCCUUUUCUUCGAAUUCGCUCCUCCCUGCAGGUUCUAUUUAAGGACCCCGAAAGGUACCUAACCAUUUUAAUAUCCCCUCAGCCGGCCUCUCCGCAUGUCAGACAGGGAAUGCAGUUUAGUCAGGAACAUAGGAGUUGACAUAUCUGGCACUCUGCCGCAUUUGCGUCCGUAACAAAUCCCUUACUAUUUUUUCGCUGGUUUUUUUCUCGCCGGUGAACUUUUUUGUCGCGCUGUUUUUUACCGCUCCAUUGACGACUUCAUCUGCUAAACCACUAACACUGAAUUUUCCCGGGCAAACAGUUUCCCUAAUAUCUCAGUCCUCUAUUCCCAGCAGGCACAGAUUUUAUUACGGUACUGUCUUCUCCUCUAGGAGUCUGGGAGCGAUGUGACUGUCGUUGCCUUUCUGAUCUUCCCAGCGGCGACCAAUAGCUUCAACGUUGACUCCUUCCGUGCUCAAGCCAUUGUAAAACAACUGCGUGAAACCGUGAAUGAUGUCCAAAAGGAUAUGGGUCAUCGUCUGUUUGAAAUCUGCUUGCGUGGACAUGUUCCUCAGGGCUCCGACGUCCUUACUCAGGUUUAUGCCCCUUUUUUUCUAUACCUCAGUCCUGAAUGGGAAAGCACUCAGUUUAUUAUUUUCCUAUUUAUUUACUCUCCACUAGUAACCACGGUCACUUAUUGAAGGCCCUAAUCUCAGCGUCUAACCUCCGAAAGCCGUUGCCCAGUUCUUUCGAAUGCAAACCGUAGUGAGGCAAAAUGCUAUCUUUUUGAUUUCAUGGAACUGAAUGUCCCGAGACAAGGAUAAGUUCCUAAAUUCAUCAGACUAGAUGAAUAUUAAAGAACAAUCCGCAACCAAAGUUUAUGUACUCGGGUUGGUUUGGUUGGGAAAAAGAGCGAGCGUCAAGGCAGCACAGGAUUUUCGGGCGGUAGAUUAUUUCCACAAUUUUGCAUGCUUCGCGGGGGGGACCUACCUCCCUCGACAACCCGCAUAUCAAUUCUGACUUAUUUACUUGGUAGACAUUUUUUCCUAGUCACAUAGACACUGAUUUAUUUUGGAAGUCUAGGCUGCUAGUAACUCUGGACACGGCUCAAUCGUCCUUUACUUGCAUGCAGUACGCGAAAUGGUGAAAAAUGGCCAUAACGCUGAAUUCUUCCCCUUUUAUUUUACUUCAACUCUGUCUUUUCCCUGUGUUUACUUUUGAUCGUCGUUCUCACAGUGGAUCGAUCUAGCAGAGUUCAGAAUUAUGACUAAGCUAUAGCUUGGGGUCCGUUCUAACGCAUUGUUUGGUGGACUAGUGGUCACACCACCGCUCGAUCUUCGUCCUCAAGCCGUGUUUAGUAAUUAUUCCUGUUCAUGUUUGCUUUAGCAAAGAUUUCUUGUCAGAAAAUGACUUGCUAGAAGACUGGGGUAACUUUGCCUUCGGUUUUUCAGCAGUCUAUGUCAACUUAUUGACAUCAUUCAGUAUUGCAUGGCAGAUAAACGAGAAAACCAACUUAGCAUCAGGGUUUCAGCAACAGAAGUUGUCAGGAAUACCAAAUGACGAUCGCCUCCUCAUUUGGCUACCUAAAGGCUUGUUUCAACUGAAUGCUAUUACAUUUCUUACGACGGGGGUCGGAAUCUUUUGUAAGACGUAAAAAAGAGGCUUACGUAGAAUCUAACAGCCUUCGUUAUGCCGUAUGCGAGUCUGGGGGCCGACCUUUCCCUGAAAUUUCGUGAGCUAACUUUCGUUAGCUGAUAUUGACUUCCUUGCUUUCGCUGUCGGGGUUUUGUGGACUUGGUCCAAUUUGGGCUUGUUCUCCUAUUCCGAUCGUCACAUUCCUCUGCAUUUUCCCUACCCGUUUUAGGAAGACAUAGUUCGUCUGAAGCGUUGCAUUUAUGCCACCCAGCGCAACAACCUUCCUCCAAUUUGCACUCACAACAUUGUUCAGGACAAUAUCGACCUGGUACUAUGCAACCUCCGAAGAUGCAGACUCUUCAACAACCGUUACGAUCGUGUGAAGGCAUGUUUAUUUCACCCCCUUUGUUUCACUUUUUCCACUCAUGAUGCUCGAGGACCCAGCAUUUUGUUUCUUGUCACAGACUUGGAAGAGUCCACCAUGCAGUUCAGCUUCGGGAAUCUAGUGACAAAAGGUUUUUGUAUUUUGAAAAGACAAAGUGCUGUGUCCUCGCAUGCUUCUGUAAGAUAAUGGGCUGUGCUUUACUUUACACCAGUUGUCCUUAAGGUAACGCGUCUCAGGGACAACUGUUGUGUGCGUUGAUGCAGUUAAGUGCCUGUGGAGUGCCAGGAGGAAACCAUGGACACCAACUGACACCCUGGAACGGUCAUCGUCGUAUCGCUUUGCAAGUCUCAUCUGACAACACGUAGUCCAAUCCAUAGCCUAAGUAAGCUAACCUAUGGUCCCAUCUAGGCUAAUGUUUUUCCGACCACGUGAUCAGUUGUCUAAAAAGGGGGCAUCGAUUUCCAAUUGUCCACUAAAAUGAUUGGCAAGUUAAAGUGUUUUAUGGACAAACUGAUUUAAUUGACUGUUAUGUUCGUCAGAAAAGAAUUCCAUCGAAACAAAGUACUCUUUUUGUGUCGAACAAUUCACAAGGCACGGUCGUCUAGGCGCGAAUUUCGAUGCCCAUUCUCUGUCAGGUCGCUGAAUACCAUUUAAUUGACAGCAGCGCAUUUUCCAACUAAACACCACAAUUUUCUACGCAGUCUGUUCCAGUCCGAACGUAGACGUACAAAUUCAUUAGGAAGUUUGUGUAAAAGCAUUACUAGCCUCCUCACCAAUGCCGCAAACAAGCAAUUUCUUAGUAGGUCAGACGUUUCGCAUAACUACCAAGGUUGGUUUUUGAUCUUUAUGGACUAACAUCACAGUUUGAGUGCGUAAGUGAAUUGAUGUUUAGGGCGUUGUGUUUCCAAUCUCUUUUUUCCGCAAAUCGGCAACCGUUGACGGAUUUCAUAGUCUUUACGGCGCCUUUUCUGAAAUCAUCGAAGCUUGUGCCACCUUUUGAUCCAUCUAACAUUUGCUCUUCCACUUCUUUCCUCUGUCAUGACGUAUGGUGACUUGCUAAAAAUUAUUAAUCAACGGAUUUAUUUUUUCAAGAGCCAUCUGGACAACAAAAUCAGGGCAGUACGUACUUUGGUUUCUUAGGCUCACCGGUGGUUUACCAAGCAAAACUAAUAAACCCGAGAGAACUUCCACCUGCCUCUCUCGAAAAUUUACACACCUGCCACACAAAAUCCGUCUUUAAAGUUAGCAAACCUAGCUGUUGCUGCCGCCCGCAUUCAUUAGACGGGUCUUUUUUUCUGAAAAUUAUUAAGGCAAUUUUCCAUCCGGAGUUUCUCAGCUCAACCAACCCCCUUUUGCCAAUGGACUACGAGGAAUUUGUCCGUGGUUGCCAUUUGGGCGUCUUCCCCUCCUACUACGAACCUUGGGGCUACACACCAGGUAGGCCUGUUUAAAACAGCCGCCCCCAGCCUGGGGUUGUGAUUCCGGUUAACGUGGGCCAUUUGCCAGCUGUCAUUCGUCUCUGUCCCUAUAAAUGUUGCUUCUUUUAGCUUUUUCUGCCCCAGACCGUCCUUUCUGUUGUCAUAAUCCCUGAUUUCGUCGACCGAGCCAAGCUCUUCAUCCGCUUAAUCUGACAAGGCAUAUCGAGCAAGCCCAUCGUCAAUCCCUUACUGCACACGUCUCUAGCAAACGAAAUCAGGUGGACUGACGAGUGUAGCAGUGUAGAGAAGGAGAGAGGGAUAGAAAAAAAAAGAAAUCGAACGGCCGUCAGCUCCAUUGAUCUUAUAAGAAGCUGAAAUGACGCAACCGCACGCUAACUAGUCGGCUUUGCAAGCUGACCAGACCCGAAUCAUUUUUGAUUUGUGUUGUGCUGGUGCCAAUAAGUAGCAGCUAUGACCUCUUUACCAGCAUGUUUGUUUGGCGACCGAAUAGUUGGUUGAUGUACCCCGGUCGUCUAUUGGCUCACAUCUACGGUGUAAAUCAAGACCCAAAAGAAAUGAACUAUUGUGAGCACGGUCCUCUAGACAGAACAAGACGUCUGCCUGUCCUGCCCGACCACCGUUAGUCCGACUUCAUUACUAAUAGGCAUUCUAGCAGGGUAGUUACGGGGGGAAGAGAACUUGUGCAGAGAAACGAAACACCCAAUGCUGUCUCAACACCUUAUGUUGAUUUUUAACAAAGCUUGCUAGAAGCCUUUUCCAGUGAAGGCUAUUUUAGACCUGUGCACAGGUUGGUCUUUGUAGCUGUUUUACUCUCUGUGAUAAUUACUAAGACGUACAACAUUGCUCCUUUGAGUAAAAGCUAUAAUAGAUUGUGAGAAAAGCAGGAGUUAGUCACCUUUUUGUUUUCUGUCUCACCUAAUUUAUCUGCUUUGGUAAUUCUAAUCCCUAAAAAUCAACAGGCGAAGGAAAGUACUCUGCCAUCUAUUGUCGACAGUGCACUUCUUUGGUUUGCACUGAAAUAAAACGCACAAGCCUUAACCUGCGGUCAGUCGAUUUAACUUUCCCGGAGCCACUGUGAGGCAAGAUUACGUGACUACCGGUGCGGCUCUCGACGAAAAUGAAGACCCAUCGGGGUGCUCACUUUUUAAAUUUGUAGGAAAAAGCACGUGCCACUUGAUGCAGCAUAAAUCUAAAUCGGAUUUGCUAUUCUGACUACCCCUUGCCUUCAUCUGGCAGUAUACCAGUCAAAGCGUCUGGUCAAACUUUCCACUGCUAAAAUUUAUGUUACUAUAGUUUUUCAGCGAUUCCCUACAAAUUUUCAAGCCAACCUCAACAGUUUAUAGGUGGGGGAGUUUUUUUUAUCACUCUUUUCUAUUCAUUCAGCGGAGUGUACCGUUAUGGGUAUCCCAUCGGUCACAACCAACCUUUCGGGCUUUGGAUGCUUCAUGGAGGAACACAUCGAAGACCCCUCUUCCUAUGGCAUUUACAUCGUCGAUCGCCGCUAUCAGAAUGUAGACGCCUCAGUAGAGCAACUAACCAGGGUACGAUACCAAUUCUUUAUUCGUUUGCCUUAAGACUAAAGAUCUGCCCACAUUUCCGUAUUGUCCUCAUAGCUUUCAAGUUUUCAGUUGCAUGCGUGAAGGGCAAGACUAUGAGGAUAAUGACGACCAAAUGCUUUGAGUAAGCGCACAUCGAUAAGUCGGUAGAUCACAAAUUGUAAAACCGUCCGUAAUGAUUUUCUCAUUGAUCUUUUGGGGCGCUGGCCUUCACACCCUCACCGUCCAUUUGGCCCUUUUUAUAUGAGCAAAUUUGCUGCGGAUAUAUGCACUGUUUGCCCAUUUCUUUUUUUUCCAUUACCAGUACUUGUUUGAAUUCUGCAAUUACUCUCGACGACAACGCGUGAUCCUACGCAAUCGAACGGAGCGUCUAAGCGAACUCCUGGACUGGAAGAACCUGAGUACGGUAAGUUGACCAUUUUUUUAUGACUUUCAUAAUUUUGGUCGAGGUUUAAAUUCGAUCUUUUUGUCAGGUUGAAUAUGAAUCAUCGGGCUGCCCUUUGACGGUCUCUUCUGUAAACACUAGAUAUGAAAAUUGGAGAUUUAAUCCAGUUAUUCCCGAAAUAUCCGUCACUUCAUUGCAUGAAAUGGCUUAACUGCAAACACUAUAUUUGUCAUAAGACCGAUUUCUGCUUUAAACUUGCUCGUAGCUGUUGUGCAGAUGCAUUUGAUCAACCCCAACCACAAGUCACUGAUGAAGAAUAAGGCAAAGGUGGCAAAACACAUAGACUUUGCACGUUGGGAUUUUGGCACGACGGAGAGGGAGGGGGGAGUGCGCGCCUCAGCCUUCCAGCCAGUUUAGGCGGGUUGCUUAUCACCACUAGUAUGCAGAGUUGAAACACUGAUGCUAUAUUAUACUGGUAAUCCGUCGUCUCGUGAACUGAUCACCUCCUCAGUGCCGGUUUGUUCGUGCCUUAAUUUGCGAACAUCGUUUGUCAUAAGUGCCUAUUUGUUGUUUUUUGCUCGUCGUAACACAUUUUCUGAUCGGUGUUGCCUUCCUGAUCGAAUGGGGGUUGUAGACAUCCCAGAUUGACAGUUAAACAGAUGCCAUUUUGGCACUACAGUUGACGGAAGCUAACAUAGGCUGUACCAAUCUUUGUAUCCGCUUACUUGUUCAAGAGAAUGAGGUAAUUUUAUGGCUGGAGACAUCUUUGGCCAACGAUGGUGACUUUCAAGCGCAACUUCACACCAUUCUGGCCUCGAAAACUUGCACAUAUACUUGUACGGUUGUGAUCAUGCUCGAUCUAGCCGGCGUAGGUGAUGUCACGUAGCGUACCUCUCCACGCGUGACGGUCUUCUGCAGCGGAUCUGGAGAGCUCGGCCCAUUUUCUCCUCCAACCACAUAGGCCGAAUACAGAAGGUCCAAAAACCACUUUCAUGUCUUGUCGAGCUGUGUCAGGUCACGUUUUAAGUUAAGAUCUCCUUCGAUGCCUCCAAGUAGGCGACAGCAUCGGAUUGAGGACAGACGACAAAGAACACGUCCAAACCACACCAGUCGUCUUUUAUGGCUGACCUGAGACUGUGCGGCCUGUCUCGUUCAAAGCCAAUUCGGUGUAUUUUACUCAAAGAAUGGUUAUCAGGCAGCGGUGAUCAACCAAGUCCAGUUUUCCCUCAUCUUCCACACACAGCCCAGCAUUCAUAACCUUAGAGAAGGGAUGACCGGACGGAUGUCCCAUACACGCGGAUCAUUGUGACGCUGGAGAUGUCGCGUCAGGUCCAUCGGCAGUUUGUAAUGAUUGUGAAAACCUUGCGCAUAUCAUCCGUUCGGGAGACAGUGUCGUUCAUAUUCCUCCUAUUUGGCAGAAAUCUCUCCGCGAGGUACUUACAACUGUCUACUUCUUCAAGUUGACAGCCACUAACCCCUGCUUAGAGAUGACGUUCGAAAACCCUUUUGUUUUCUCAGCCUUGAUCGAUAAAAUGACUGAUUUAAUGACUCCAUUCACACGCGACACCACAUUCAGUAAGUCUUCAUAUUUUUAGGCCAACAGGGCGGUAUCGUCAGCAUCGUCGUGACCAGUCAGCCGACACCCGGUUGCAAGUACAACAUUGUUAGAGGCGUGUGGACCCUUCCGAGGAUCCAGUCAAUGAUAUAAUUGGACGGGAUGGCUACCUGAGAAAAAGAAUUGUCGAAUGCCAGCCCGGAUAUGGAACGGCUGAGAGAGGUUGUUGUGAAUAAGAGCUCGCGUAGUGUAGGGACAACGAUACACCCUGAUCACUACGGCCAUUUUUGCCGGCCCGUCUGGCGUCAACAUCCGUCACAGGGACUCCUGAUGGACGAACUCGAACACUGCUAUGAAGUCAGCGAGGCAGACGGUCAUUAGUUGGUGGAAUUCAAGAAUGCGUCGUAGUGUGCACGUCUGGCCAGCGUAUCCAUAUACAGCUCAGAACCCAACUUGGUUGGGUCUCGUUCCGCAGUCACGUGCAUUAAAGUGGCCUAGGAAUGACAACGACGAAGUCCUGUGUAGCAGCGUCGCUGCGGUUCAUGCUGUGGUGGUUCUUGCUCUUUGUAUUAUCUGUCGGACGUAAGGAUUGCCGAGUCGCAGUUUGUGGGAAAGAGCCCAUUUCCCCAUGCUUACUCAACUAUAUCAUUUAAUCAGCGCCCGUAUUACAGGAGUCCGUGGGCUCUAUUUUCUCAGUGGGCUUACGUAUCCUAUCCUCUUUUGACAUUGCUUAUCCAUCUACUAUUAGGAAUCUAGCUACGAAACCCUGAACUGACUAGAACAUGGUUUGUCUAAUUGAUCCGGCGGCCAUUAUCCGAAUGCCAGCUCGCAGGUGUUUUCUGUGGUGCUGGAAGCACGUUUUGGUGUCAACUAGCCGGUACGGAUCCGUUACGUUCAGCAUUCUCUCAUCAAUGAGGCAUCGACAAACAAGGUCAGAGACCAGCAUGGUAAAUGAAGAGCCAUUUGGUUUGAUAGGGUCUUGCAGCCAUUGUCAACCAUUAGCAUAUCACAGCGAGGUAGUCUUUCAAACAGUUCUCGCAGCCCUGAAUGGGCUUAUUUAUCGUGCAGGUUAUCAGCUGAUAUUGGUAAGUGCACCGAGAAGACAGGAUGGUUGCAAUUUACCCCUUCUGCUGCACUUAAAUUAGCCAGUCAUUAACUGAUCCCCACACAAAUAAAUCAGGGUUCUCCUGCUGCAAAAGGAGCAUCAUCAUACCCUGUCUGCCAGAGGGGUCGCGUGGGCCGCUGCGACAGAGGAUAAAAUAGGAGGGUCCAAGUCGGCGAUUUUGACUUCUAUCGGGUAACAGACAUCCACUUUAAGAACUUCAUCGUCAGACUUUUUGUGCCAGGGUUAGGGAAUGUUCACACUUCUCGACGUUAAGUACUGAGGGUCUGCUUUCGAUUAAAUGGUCCAGUUCGCAUACUGUUUGCUUGUAGCACUGGACCAGAGUUGUGAAGCGCGUCAGUUCCCAUGGUGGCCGUAGCAUGAAUGGUAGUGUUCAAAAUGAGCAUUUUCAAGUGAGGUUUCUUGAGAAUUUUGAACACAGGCUGGUCGUCCACAGCCGUUCGGAUUGUUUAUUCGGGAAUGCCUUCUCUAUCCCUUUGUUUCAAUAACCUACUGGUAAGGCACCAAGGACAAAGAAUUUGUUUAAUGGCGGUUAACGGUCGCCUUGUCACAGCGCCGUCAUCGUGCGUUGAGGCAUCUUGUAGAGCAGACGGAAUUCACGACCACAGCCCUCUGCGCCCUGGUAGCACUGUCGCUGCUGGUCCACGACAACCUAUCCGUCAGACCCGAGAACCUGCCUAGCCAGCUGCAAACCCUCGCUGAGGACCGUCAUCUAUAGAUGCUCUGGGUAGGCAGCAGCCAGAGUUGUUUGAGCCCCUCUUCCCCAAGAACCCGUCUCCCUGACAUUGACAGGAUAACUUAUGAGCCGGUGUAGCUGGAUAUUCACUUAACGUGUACAGCUAACUUCAUCUUGUUCGGCAUUGUGUUUCUGAAAUUAAAACCGUAUUAAUACUACCUUAUUUUAUGGGUUUGAUCUCUUCGUAAGCCAGUCUCGAUUUCCAAAGUGUUCGUGGGGUGAUGUCCGGAAUUCUUUAAAGACUGUUCAAGCUCUUUGGGUCCAUUUUCCCAUUCCCAAUUACUGUUUAUUUAAGGUUCAACACCGGCUGCAGGCAUAGAGAAUCCUAUUAAAGUGACCUCAAACUCAAUUUGAACGUUAUUUUUCCUGCCGUCUCUUCUUGACUACGCACAUUCUCCUUGGGCUUCGUGGAUGUGUACGAAUCCUCCAUAGACAAUCUUGGCCGCAGAACAUAGUGAAAGCCCUCUCUAUUUAAGAUUAUAUAUCAUUUACGAAAUACUCACUCGACCAUACCACCGCUCUAAUAUUUGGCCUGGGCAACUUAUAAGCUUAUUACUUAUUUUUUGAUGACGUUUUAGUACUACACCCGAGCAAGACUGAUUGCCCUCUACCGCCAACGUCCGGAUCUUUUCACACUUGAAGUUCCGAAAUCUGAUGAAAAUGCCGCAGAUACUGCUUCCCAGAAGAGCUUCCGAAUGUACCGACCCUACUCAGCGCCACCAUCACCCAGCGCCUCUGGCCGUUCUAGUCCUAACCACUUGUCUGGUCCGAGCACACCCUCGCAGCUUGACGAAGACGAAGUGGAUGAGAACACAGAGCGUCUAGAGCUGGGCCUCCAAAUGGUCUCAAUCAAUGCUAACAAUGAGGAAGCUGCAAGUCCAUAG